AUGAUCCGACCUGCCAGCCGUGGUUGGCACUCAUCUGCAGGUGAACUUGCAGGUCCUGUGCAACGUAGACCCCAAAGACUUACACGACCUACACGUCCUGAAACAUCCUAUGUGGAAGAUGUCCAAACAAGCACCGAGGCUGACAACUUUGACUUAUCAGACCUGAAGAGUGCGGUGUUUCCUUCAGCGGGCCCACGUAUUCCCACCCCUAGUGGAAGCCCGAAGAGUGGUCGCCCAGCACAGCGGCGGGCGCAAACUGUUCUUGAGGGACAGCUGGUGAGUGCCAGAACACCUACCCCCAAUGGAGAAUCCCGUGGUGCACCUUCACCUCGCGGUUCAGUGCAGACAUCGUCACCAAAAGGAUCAAAAAUCAGCACUGCCAGAGAAUCCGUUGAAGUGGGAGGUGAUGCUGAACCGAAACCGAUGACUAGGUCAAAAAUUUCAGUUCUGCGAGCAAAAACUGUGGAUGGUGUGAGUGCUGGCGACCUCGACUCAUCAGACCUGCAGAGUGCGGUGUUUCCUUCAGCGGGCCCACGUAUUUCUACCCCUAGUGGAAGCCCGAAGAGUGGUCGCCCAGCACAGCGGCGGGCGCAGACUGUUCCUGAGGGACAGCUGGUGAGUGCCAGAACACCUACCCCCAAUGGAGAAUCCCGUGGUGCACCUUCACCUCGCGGUUCAGUGCAGACAUCGUCACCAAAAGGAUCAAAAAUCAGCACUGCCAGAGAAUCCGUUGAAGUGGGAGGUGAUGCUGAACCGAAACCGAUGACUAGGUCAAAAAUUUCAGUUCUGCGAGCAAAAACUGUGGAUGGUGUGAGUGCUGGCGACCUCGACUCAUCAGACCUGCAGAGUGCGGUGCUUUGUUCAGAAGACCCAGAUGUUUCUCCCCCUGGGAGCCCGAAGACUGCUUUCCCAGCACAGCGGCGGGUGCAGACUGUUCCUGAGGGACAACUGUGGAGUGCCAGAACAGCAUCUCACGGUAAAUCACGCGGAUCAGCAACGCUGCCACUUCCGUCUCCAAGAGGAUCAAGAGGGAAAGUGGAGCCCAUAGAUGCAGCUGUGACUUCUGCAGGAGCACCCAGGCUUGCAUUGCCAGAGCACGAUGGGCAGGACUUCGUGCCAGUCACCCAGACGCGUUCCGAGAGCCUUUCCAGCAAAAAGGCAUCGAAAGGAGCACCCAGGCUUGCAAUGCCAGAGCACGAUGGGCAGGACAUUGUGUUUUGCCGUCCCGGCACGGGAUAA